GUUUAGUGCUUGACUUCCUGCCCUCACCUGCACCCCGAGUCCCCAGCUUCUGGCUCUCCAGCCUGCAUUCCCUUCCCACUCCUGGGCAGCUCAGGUUCAGCAAUGCUUGGAUCCAGCCUUCCCCUACCCUCUGUGCCUUACCUCCCAGGGCAGAGGAAAUGAGGACACAGUGUCCUUUGGAGGGGGCUGGAUUGGGCCCCUGCUUGGCUCCCCGCUUGCUCCCCGGGACCCCUGAGUGAGCAGCCUCCACGUGAAUAGCAGAGGAAGGAAGAGCUCACCCCAGCUGGGCUCCUGACCUAGGGCUCCAGUACUCCCAGUGAGGAGGGAGCAGGAGUGAGCCGGGCCAUCGUGCAUGCCUAAUCGGCUAUUUAAGGAGCUGUUCCCCAGCAGCCCGGUCACCGCCCCCCCCCACAUACACCCGUCCAGAGCCACCUUAAAAGCGGAGGCAAUUGUGAAGUUGCUGGCCAGCAAGUGGAGUGGAGGCUGCAGAGGAAGAUUAAGAGGGCAGCGAGGCAGCCAGAGAUUUGUCCUGGAACUCAGAAACUCAUGGGACCCUACUAAAAACCAAAUUCCCUGGAAGCGCACGGGACAGCAAGCUGAAAACAGAUCAAUAGACAACUCCAGGAACUUGCCCGCUCACUCACUCGCUCGCUCGCGCUCCCUCUUUCUCCCACCUUUUUGUUUUCCUCUCCCACCCCCUGCCUGUCCCAGCCCUCUACUCCCCAACUCCGCCACCCUGAGCCCUUCCCGGGAUACCAUGCUCUUCGCCCUCCUUUUAGAGGUGAUUUGGAUCCUGGCUGCAGAUGGGGGUCAACACUGGACGUAUGAGGGCCCACACGGUCAGGAACACUGGCCAGCCUCUUACCCUGAGUGCGGGAACGAUGCCCAGUCCCCCAUCGACAUCCGGACAGACAGUGUGACAGUUGCCCCCGAGUUACCCAUUCUGCAGCCCCAUGGCUAUGAACAGCCUGGCACUGAGCCUUUGGACCUGCACAAUAACGGUCACACAGUGCAACUCUCUCUGCCCCCGACCCUGUAUCUGAGUGGACUCCCUCGGAAAUACGUGGCUGCCCAGCUCCACCUGCACUGGGGUCGUCAAGGGUCACCUGGAGGCUCAGAGCAUCAGAUCAACAGCGAGGCUGCCGCUGCCGAGCUGCACGUUGUACACUAUGAUUCCGAUUCCUACGAGAGUUUGAGUGAAGCAGCCCAGAGGCCUCAGGGCCUGGCUGUGCUGGGCAUCCUGAUUGAGGCAGGUGACACAGAAAACCCCGCCUAUGAGCACAUUCUGCAGCAUUUGCAUGAAAUAAGACAUAAAGAUGAGAAGACCUCAGUGCCCCCCUUCAAUGUGGGAGGGCUGUUCCCGCCACAGCUGGAGCACUUCUUCCGGUACAAUGGCUCACUCACAACGCCCCCUUGCUACCAGAGUGUGCUCUGGACAGUCUUCAGCCGCAGGGCCCAGAUCUCAGUGGAGCAGCUGGAGAGGUUGCAGACAACACUGUUCUCUACAGAGGAAGAGGAGCCCUCCGAGCUCCUGGCUGAGAAUUUCCGCAUCCCCCAACCCCUCAAUCAGCGAGGGGUCUUGGCAUCUUUUAACCCAGCCGGAUCCCUAUACAGCACAGGAGAAAUGCUGAGUAUAGCAGUGGGAAUCCUGGUCGGCUGCCUCUGCCUUCUGCUGGCUCUUUAUUUCAUUGCUAGAAAAAUCAGGAAGAAGAGGCUGGGAAACAGGAAAAGUGUGGUCUUCACCUCGGCACGAACCACUGCUGAGGCAUAAACCCAGAUCGUGGACGGCUGCCACUCUCGCCAGUCAGGGAGCCUCGAAAAUGGGGCUGUACGGACAGGCCAGCAAAGGCUGUAAAGUAGUAGGUAGACGCCCUCCUUCUUCCAGACACUGCCUGACAGAUUGGGGUGAAACCAGGCUCUCCCCCAAAGUACAGGGGAGCCUUGGGUUUCUCACAGCAAGCAGGAGCCCAAGAGGUUCUCGUGUUGCUAAUGAGACUGGUUAGUUGUAGGGAAAGUUGGGGACGUGUCCCCAAAUGCCCACUCCUACACUUUUAUGUCCCUUUUCUUAGAUAUGUUGCAGGUUAUUCCUUUAGGAAAAAGGGUUGAUGUUGGGUUUUUGAAAAGGGUUGAUGUU